GAGUCGCUCGUCGACAAUUCCUGUCAAGAUAUGCGCCUCUUGCCUCUUACAGUUGACGGGCUCUGGUAUUGUCUCUGUCCGUCAUUUCGACCUACUUAUCUGCACCGCUCGUUCCGGUCUUCCAAUACAGUCAGAAAGAUUUCGCGCAGAUGCUUAAGCUCCGCAUCAACAACCGCAUCCACUAGGGCUCCGCUAGGUGAGCGUCACAAGCAGGGAAAUAGGUCUUUUUCGCAAUAUGAAUCGUCACGUCUAACUCGUGCGCCCUUGCGCGAGGACGAGGAUUUGCAGUCGCAGUCGAUCGGUGAUCUAGAAGCGCUACUUGAGCAGUCAAGCUCCCGAAGACGGAUCGAUAUAUCGAAAACCGUCGCUAUUUUGAAAACGCUGCUUCAGAAACACCGUGUUAACCCCACGACACGACAUUAUAAAGCAUAUUUACUGGCAAAUGUUGAUCGACAACAUGGAUCCGCUGAGAAUGUUCGAAGUUUACUUGGGGAAAUGGCGAGACAAGGCAUCACUGCUGACUCGGCGACGCUUCAUGCUGCUUUAGAGGUCCUAGCAGUCCAUCCUGACUACCUCUUGCGACAAGAAGUAAUCGAAGCCCUACGCGCCCGAUGGCUCUCCCUCAGUCCUGUUGGAUGGCAUCAUGUAAUAGCUGGACUGCUACGUGAAGACCAACUCGAACUUGCUCUCGAUCGACUAGAUCAAAUGGAAGGAAAAGGGAUCCCGCUUGAGCAGUGGCUACAUAGCCUUUUAGUCUACAAACUCUGCGACGCUGAUGAAUUCACUGAAGCGUUACGCCUGAUACGAUCACGAUCCAAUAAAGCCAAGUCGAUAUCGUCGGCGAUGUGGUUAUAUCUGUUGAGAGCGGCGAUUCGAAAUUCACAUUAUGAGACCGUGAGAUAUGUAUGGAAUAAUGCUGUGGAUUUGGGAUAUCAGGAUCUAAGCGUGCCUGAUUGUCGUGACGUUUUGGGUUUUGCAUCUGACCAUGGCGAUAUCGGGUUUGCGGAGUCGGUUUUUCGGCAUUUGUCCACUUUACAAAAGCAUCCGACGUCGUACGAUUAUGAAAAGCUGGUACAAGUGUACGCUCAGAAUGCGGAUGUCAAAUCUGCGUUCGAGAUCAUCUGCCAAAUGCACAAGAGCAGGAUUCCCAUAGAAUCCGAGUGUACACGACCAGUACUACAGUCUAUGGAGACUAAACUCAGUGAUCCCACCAUCCUAUGGAGCGAAAUCCGUGGAUUGAGGAAAAGAGGAUAUGAAAUACCAACAACAUUGGCAAAUAUAGUUAUACAGCACACCGAAGUCCUGUUUCAACGUGGCUCUCUUUCGGCAUCCAGAGCAAUUGACCUCGCAGUCUAUAUCUACAAGGACCUUUUUGAUAUCUGCACCGACGGCGCUAAUACGGAGACCUUUAACAGCCUGAUCUCCUUGUGCCAUCAAACCAGCAAACCGGGUAUUUGUACGUUCUUUGUCAAGGAGAUGGCGUCUCUGGAUGUUUCUCCUGACCAAAGAACAUUGGAAACUCUGAUACUCAGUUGCCUGGAUUGUGGGAAUGACUCUUCAGCGUCCAAGUACCUGGCGGAUCUCCAAGCGCAGGGCUGGCAAUUAAGUGAUUUGGUCAAAGAUCGGAUCCGCGAAAUACAAAAUUAAGAUGCUAAAGUCAGCAUGCAUGUAUAUAAUCUAGCCUUAUCUCCAAGUAGUUUGUCGUGUUUGCAUAACUUACUUUUGGCUCUCUUC